GUUUUGUUUACACUUUUGUUAGUUAAAGAAAAAAAUCUAGAUUCUAGAUAGACUCUAUAUCAAGAUGGUUCGAAAGUUAAAAUUUCACGAGAAAAAGCUUCUUAAAAAAGUUGAUUUCCUAUCUUGGGAAGUAGAAAAUAAUAUCCAUGAAAUAAAAGUAAUGAAGAAGUUUUAUAUUCAACGCAGAGAAGAUUAUACUUUAUAUAACAAAUUAUCCAGACAAAUAAGAGACAUUGCCAGAAAGAUUAAAGAAAUGGACCAAAAUCAUCCUCGGAGAAUAGAGUUCACUGCUCAAUUGUUGGAAAAACUGUAUGCUAUGGGUUUGAUUCCUACCAAGAGAAGCUUGAGUCUGGCCAACAGGAUCACUGCUACGUCAUUCUGCAGACGUAGACUGCCAGUGGUAAUGGUGAGGAGCCACAUGUCGGAGACCUUAAAAGCAGCUACCACUUUUAUAGAACAAGGACAUAUCAGGGUAGGACCCCAUGUGAUUGAUGACCCAGCAUAUCUUGUUACUAGGGGCAUGGAAGACUUUGUGACAUGGAAAGACACCUCAAAGAUUAGAAGACAAGUCCAAGAGUACAAUGACAUUAGAGAUGAUUUUGAUUUGGUCUGACACACCAGAUGAAGAUGUUUAUAUGUGUAAAUAAAGAAUCAUUAUAGACAAA